GUGAGUUCGAAAACAAACUCUUAUGAGUAAUGUCACCUCCUUUAUUUGUCCGCCCCUCUCGCGUCAAUAGCAAAGCGUCUGCGGUUUUCCCACCGACCUCCACACUGUUUCAUUUAUCCGCAGCGAGAGCGAAAGGGAGAAGAAGAGGCGAAGAGGGCAGAGCCCGAUGGGUCGAAAGAUGCUGCACGUCAUGCUGCCGGUGGAGGAGGUCGACGUCUCCGCCGUAAAGUACAAGCCCCAACACCUUCAAGCUCCCCAUUUGACUGGCUAUGGGUUUUUGAUUUUCACUUGGCUGAUGGAAGCCCCGGUUCUCGGUUCUCUCAUCGCCCGUUUCUUGAAAAAACAGAAUGGCCUGACGAAGAUUUUGAGGAAUACUGUGAUUCCUGAGCGGCCGAUGUUUAAGCCAGAGUACCCACCUCAAGAGCCAGAGCCUGGAGUAGUUUUCCUAGGCGAUGAUAGACACCCUGUUGAACGUGUUCAAACAGCACUGGAGUGCCUUCCAAGCUAUGAUUCUUCUCGAGAAUGGGAUCAUGAUACUUCAUCACCAUUUCUAUACUGGAAAAUUCGUGACUAUGCACAUGCAUAUCGAAAAGAUUUUACGACUCCAUCUAUUGUUGCAGAGCACAUUAUUUCUGUUGUGGAAAAAUCCAAUGCACCAUUUCUGGUCUCUUUUAGUGCAGAUGAAGUGAGGAGGCAAGCCUCAGCUUCCACUCAAAGAUUUGGAGAUGGAAAACCCAUUUCCAUCUUAGAUGGUAUAUUUAUGGCCAUUAAAGAUGACAUCGAUUGUUGUCCUCACCCAACUAAAGGUGCUACAACAUGGUUUCACAACAUUCAUACUGUCACCGAAGAUGCAAUAUGUGUUUCUAGACUACGAAGUUGUGGUGUGAUUUUCAUAGGAAAAGCAAACAUGCAUGAGUUGGGGCUUGGAACAACCGGGAACAACCCCAAUUAUGGAACUGUAAGAAACCCACAUUCAAUUGAAAGAUACACUGGUGGAUCUUCUUCUGGUCCUGCAGCACUUGUUGCAUCUGGAUUGAUUUCUGCAGCAGUAGGGACAGAUGGUGGAGGUUCAGUGAGGAUUCCAUCCUCACUUUGUGGCAUUGUAGGGCUCAAGACAACAUAUUCACGUACAGAUAUAACUGGGGCCUUGUGUGAUUGUGGGACUGUUGAAGUUGUUUCUCCUCUUGCUUCCACAGUUGAGGAUGCAAUGUUGAUUUAUGCAGCAAUGGCAGGAACCUCUGAAUCUGAUAGAAUUGUUUUUAACCCAUCUCCCCUCUGUAUACCAAAGUUAUCUACUGAUGAUAAUUCAAAUAUCUUGCAAGCGAUAAGACUGGGGAAAUACACGGAGUGGUUCCAUGAUGUUUCUAACAGUGAAAUCUCAAAUAAAUGUGAAGAUGUUGUUAAUAAUCUUGCAGCUAGCUUUGGAUGCGAGAUACUAGAGAUUAUAUUGCCUGAGAUGGAAGAGAUGCGGACUGCCCAUUUGGUCUCGAUUGGUUCUGAAUCACUCUGUGGAUUAAAUGCACAUUGUGAAGCUGGCAAAGGUUCUUUGUUGACGCUUGAUACUCGGACUAGUUUAGCCCUUUUUCGAUCAUUCUCUGCAUCAGACUAUGUUGCUGCCCAACGACUUAGGAGAAGGAGCAUGCACUAUUUCUUGGAGGCUUUCAAGAAAGUUGACAUAAUAGUGACUCCUACAACGGGUAUUACAAGUCCAGUGAUAGCACCCAGUUCUCUCAAACUUGGGGAGUCAGAUUAUGAGGUUCAAGCAUAUCUCAUGCAGUUUGUAAUAGCAGGAAAUCUCCUUGGGCUCCCAGCUAUAUCAGUGCCAAUUGGACAUGAUAAAGGAGGACUGCCUAUUGGAUUGCAAUUGAUAGGACGGCCAUGGAAUGAAGCCACCAUUCUCAGAGUAGCUGCUGCAGUGGAGGAACUUUGUUCCGGUUCUAGGAGGAGGCCUUCUCAGUUCUACGACAUUCUUAAUCAAGCUCGAAUAGCAUCAUAGACCUGAAUGUGAACAAAGCCUCUACAUCUUUGACAGUUUAGAAAUUUGCUUAAUGUCCUCGACGCAUAUCUGUUUCAUUUGUGAAAACUUCGACUGAGUCCUUCCCUUUGUAAUCAACAAAAAACUCACAACAAUUGUUUUUUUCUCUCAUGUGAAAAUUUACUCGCACAAAACAAGGGGAUUGAAGUAAACCCCACCUUUUCUCCCA